UGCGUCACAGAAGGCAGGCAAAGCAAGCGACGAAUAUCACUCCAUUUUCCUUUCUUCUUCAUCGUCUCCAGUUUCAUAGACUCAUAAACAAGUCCUGUUGUAUGCUCUCAUCCCCUCUCCUGUUCACCAUUUAAAUCUCCCUCUCCAAUCUGUUUGUCAUUGACUGUUUAACUUAAUAAUCUUAAUCUCAUGAAAUAUUGACAAAUGGUGAUGAGAUGGAGAAAGGAGAAAUAAUAGAAAGUAGAGAUUGAAAGGUGAGAGGACAGUACGAUAAUAAAGAAAGAACCAAAACUGAUUCUAAAAAACGGAAAUGCGAAUACUUUGUGAUGUGUGUGAAAGCGCAGCUGCGAUUCUUUUCUGUGCUGCUGAUGAAGCCGCGCUUUGCCGCUCCUGCGACGAGAAGGUUCAUAUGUGCAACAAGCUAGCUAGUCGGCAUGUACGAGUAGGACUUGCAGAUCCUAGUGAUGUUCCACGUUGUGACAUAUGUGAAAAGGCACCAGCUUUCUUUUACUGCGAGAUAGAUGGCAGUUCGCUCUGCUUGCAAUGUGAUAUGAUAGUGCAUGUUGGUGGUAAAAGAACCCAUGGGAGAUAUCUCCUAUUGAGGCAGAGAGUUGAGUUUCCAGGGGAUAAACCUGGCUGUACAGAGGAACAAGGACAGCAACCGCUUGAUGAUAAUGAAACAAGAAGGGACCAAAAUCAGCUGCCUAAGCUCACAGCUAGAGAAAAUCAACAGAACCACAGGGCCUCUCCAGUUCCAAUGGUAGAGAAUAACACUGAUAGUGACGGGAAAAUGGACAACAAAUUGAUUGAUCUUAAUGCCAGGCCUCAGCGUGUACAUGGGAAAAAUCCCACUAACCAGGAAAAUCAUGAAUCCUCUAGUUUGGCUCCUUUUGGAUUCUUUAAAGGGGAGCCGCAAAAGUAAGCAAGAUUAAGGUGCUGCAAAUGCUAGGUAGUCUAUCUAUUGUUUAGCAGGAACGGUUGACAGAUGCUUAUAAGCCUUUGGAGACUGGACUGGCGUGCCUUUACAUUGUUUGCCAGGUUCUGUAAAUUAUGGCAUGUAGAAGUUGCAGUUGAAACCCAGAGGGACCUUUAUUCUUAUUUGUGGAAUAGCAGAAUGCUACCUGAUACGAGAGCCAAGGCAGAUGGACUAUUGCAUUAUCAAGGCCUUUAUUUUUCCAUUUGAUUUUCAAGAUGAUUUGAUCCAAGUGAUUGCAAGCCAAAUCCUUUGAAGUGAUCACAAGUAAGACUGAUGGAUUAUGCUUGUUUUGAAGGGAGCUUAAGCAGGCUGUCAGUCUAGAGAGGCUAUAGAAGUAUAGGGAAAUGGUGUUUAGCCAUCAUUGGAUGCUUUGCCAGGGGUGUUUGGCUAAGUGGUUUCUAAAUAUAAAUAAGUAGCUGCGGUUUGUAUUAUGGGACCCACUAAAAAUAAGGUUUAACUGCAGGUUUUGAUGAAGCAAUUUUUUCAUGCU